AUGACGGUAGACAAGCAAGAUUAUCACAGAGCGUCCAACGCGGUCGUUUUUGGUGGAGGACUCUCGUUCGUGGCACUCUUUCUCUUAAUGAUGGCUUUCAUAAGUCCGUAUUGGAUAGAAUCGUAUCAGGAGACGUUCAGCAGCUUUAAACACAUGGGACUCUGGGAGUACUGCUUUGAGCAAUUCCGUUAUCCCUAUUAUCAGUUUGACAAACAAUUCGACGGCUGUCACCAUAUAUUUUCACAAGAAUAUUAUGUCAUAAGAGAGUGGCUGCUGCCAGUAUGGCUCAUGGUAGUGCAGACAUUUGUCACGUUAGCCUUAAUGCUGUCCAUCUUUGCCUUCAUUGUAAUUGCUUUGAUUUGGACACGUUGGCCGUUGAGAUUUGUCCUGCAUUAUGAAUGGAUUUUGUCAUCCUUUGUGUUUGUAUGUGAUGCAGCUGCUGGCGUGCUUCUCUUUCUGGCAGUCUCUAUAUUCGGCGGACAAUGCUGGCGUCGGGAUUGGUUAAUGUAUCCGAAUUUCAAUCAUUUGUCAUGGUCAUAUGGUCUUGCUGUCAUAUCAUUCAUGAUCCACACGUUUGCCGCAUUCUUUCUUUAUUUAGACGCGCGGACAGGUUACAGACUACGCAAGGAGUCUCGUAACUUAGUGAUGCAGAUGCAGCCGAAUCCACAAUCUCAACACGCCCCAUCAAGCCGAAGCGGAUACGUAUAAAGUAAUCUCAAAUCAUGUGCUUUUGGCGAAAAAUUUAAUUUCCACAUAAAUUCUUAUCGUUAUUUUUAAUGAAGAUGCAAAAGAUAAGAUCUGUCUCUUAAGAGAGACUGUACAUCUGUGUACGAUUUUCAUCCGUCCAUUUAAUUUGUUCAUUAAAAAUAAUAGUAAAAACUUUAUACAUAUAUAUCUAUGUAUAAGCUCUUACCAUUAUUUUUAAUAAAUAGUUCCAUGUGAGAAGUAGUCGACCAAUUGGUAGGUUCCCGGUUUGAUCCCGACUCUCAUCCCUUGUACCUCCGUUUUAAGAGGUUUAUUUUCAGAAUUGAAAAUUAUAAGCAAAGUAAUAUACGACGAUCUGUUUCGAGAAUCUACUUUUCAUUUGUAUUUAAUUUAAAAAGGAUAAACACGUGUAUUACGAUUGUCGCCUUUUC